CAGCGCUUUGGGUUUUUUCAGCGGGUUUGUGCUUUCGUUCGAUUGGUUUGUUGAUGUGUUCCUACGCAAUACAUGACAAUGAAAUUUCUUUAAGUUACAUUUUCAAGGGGUUGGAAAUUUUCCGUGUGAUACUGAUACUUCGGCCAUAAAGUGCUAUCUCUAACGGUUAACAUUUGGUAUUGCCUUCUUGAUAACCGUUUUAUUCAGACGGUUCCUGUCAUAGUGAGGACAAAUGCGAAUCAUUCAACAGAUUCAUUGUAUAUGACGUUUGCUAAGAUAGCCUUAUCAGUUUCGCCUGGAUUGCCUCAACAUUGUUUCGGGAAACAAGACGAAUAAUUCUAGCUAUUCUGCUUACAUCCACUUUGAUAUGUCAUCAUUUUAGUCUAUACUUAAAUAAAUAAUUUCGCUUGUACCUUUAAGAUAUAUUUUUCUCCCAAAGUCUUGAUUUAGUAAUAACACCCGGUGAGUAAAAUAGUUCAAGAAUUUUCGAUCAUAGAAGACCUAUUGAGGAAGUUGUGGUUUUACGUAUUCUCAAGAUUCCAUAGAGCUCGUAGCUCAGACUGCCAGUUGAUGACUUCUGUGAAUAGUUAGUGACGGAUCAUUUACUAAAAUGAUUGCAUAAUCAGGCCAAAACAACACUUUGACGGCUUAUGUCACUUAGUAUCUCUCCAGGCCGAAGUAGUUAGGGCGCCGUUCAAAUAUGUGAGUGAGUAGUUCCAAGUUGCGUUUUAACUGCUAGUCAGUCGUAUUUCAGUCAGUGUCACGUGCUGCUCUGGUCCUCUUGAAUGAAAUAUCACAAGCAUGAGUAACUACUGACCGUUCAUAAAUGACAUUCAUUAGCCAUUUUAACCCAUGAAGAAAUCUAGUACAAUUCAAUUUUGGACUACGGCCAUAUGGGACGUGUCAGGAAUGAAAACUUUCCCCGCUCUAAUCCAUACUCAGGUAUUUGGGGAAGUUUUUUGUCCCUUUAAACUAUAGUCUUUCCUAUUUAAAAAUGUUAUGUGCCUUUCCGUGUCCACCUCGCUAUGUUAAUGUACUUAGAUUCACUUGAACUAACCCAUCGUUUCGACCAUGCCGUAGAUUGAUUAUGACCGACUUCAAUCAUCUUUCCUAAAGGAUUGUUUACACCAGAUGAAACCACUUUGUGAGCAAUGCUCAUGUUUUCAUAACAAUCUCAAUCAUUCCAACCACCCUGAAACACAUGCUUCGGUGUCUUAAACAUGUUUUUUGAUUGGUGUCUCGGCUGCUGUGCGCCACAUUAUUAACCAGUACUGACACUGGGUCAGUUUAUGACAUGGGGCAAGGGAAUGUAAUAUAACUGUACAGGGCUGACGUAUGUUGGUUAGUCACGAUCCUCUGAACGUAGUCUUAAAAAGUAUAUAGCUUAUUUUGUCAGGUACAACUGAAAGUAAAGGUCAGUGGUAAUCGUUCUAGCUUUCUAUCAUACCCAUCUGUUUUCCUUACUGAACAAGAUCUUCCUCAAUUCUUGUUUCUUGAUCAACUCGUCUCUUAAUAAUUACUUUUAUUAUUAUUACUAUUCAAACUUCGCUUCUCUCCAGUGUUGGCCUUUCUACUUUGUAUGGUAUAUUUCUCGUUUCUCCAGCGUACCGAAAUUUUCGUGAUUAACCGUGAGGAUUCUGAUCUCAGUCAUUUUUACCAACCAACUCAUUUGCUAGGUUUUUUGGUAACAGUGACAGUAAUAAUACUACUGGAUUGCCCAAACCAAAGUGACAUUCAAAUCUAGGACUAAGUGGUUAAAAGUUGAACUCCUUGAACAUAUAUAUAUACCACAAAGUUUACUUCCUGACUAAUUGAAAAAACCACAACUAACGUGGCAGUCGCUUUGGUUACAGCACUCAGCUUCAGCUGGUAUGUCCCAGGUCCGGACGCUGCUAUCUAUUUUUGUUUGGCCUGCUGAGUAGUACCAUUAGUCCUCAUACAAACGGCAUGGUCCAUGUCCGAAUACGAAAGUACGUAUACCAUAAAUGAUUUAUAUUUGACUGGUAAUUUCAUAUAUUGAGCGAAGCAGUUGUACUAAAGCUGCAUACAUUUCACGCUUCCUUAGCAUUGGUGAUAAUUCGUGUUUCAAAUUGAUAGUCUGCUUUUCUCAAUUCUUAGUUUUUAAUAACCGAAAGGCUUUUUUUCGAAUAACAGGAAUUUAUUAUUACGUUUAGUCAUAAAUUUUCUUUUUCAGUCUAUUAUGAAUCAGUUUGGUCAUCAGUAUACUGUCCAACCACCACCUACCUUUUAUACGAGUGAUAUGAAUUCAUUUGGAAAUGGUGUUCAAAGACCUGGACCCAGGCCUUAUAGUUUUGAAGUUCCACCUCAAGAUUUUCAGUCUACACCCCCUCUUCGGAGUGACAGUGGAUAUUCGCUUUGUCCAUCCCAGUAUUACAGCAGACCUGGGAUAAUGCCUUCCACAGACGAAACUUGUGUUAAUUUUUCAGAACAACUACCAAUAACCUCUGAAGUCAAUGAAAAUAGCAACGUAGUCCUUGACUAUCAGAAUCAGUUUGGUUUCCGUGUUCCUCCCGAGAUUCCUAGCUGGAUGACCUUAAAUUCCUCAGCUAGUAACUUCUACACUGAUAUUCAAAAAUACACUUCACAACCUAAUCCAACACCCCAGUCGGUAUAUACUGGGAUCCCAGUUCAUUACAAUAGAACUCCUGAGAACUCUACGUUUCAAAAUCGUGGGCGUGUUAGAACUCCGGGUCCUUUCAAGGGAAAUAGAGGAAGUCUUCGAAAUCGCCCCAACCAAGGUACUCACACCGCUAAUACUGCCAGUACGACGACAACUACAAAAGAACCAUCCGUUUUUUACUGCGAUAUUUGCAAAGUUAGUUGUGCAGGUCCACUAGCCUUCAAAGACCACGAAUCUGGUCAACGCCACAAAAAAAGAUUGUCCCAGGUUGAAGCGAUUGAAAAAUUAAAACAGGAAGUCUCUACCGAUGGAAGUUCAUCAUUAAUUAUUAACUCAGCUUCACGAGAAUUACGUUGUGAGCUUUGUGAUGUUGGUUGCACCGGUGCCGACUCUUAUACUGCCCAUUUAUCUGGUAGACAGCAUCAACGUACGCUCAAGUUACACAAGGAAUUGGGGAAACCAAUUCCAGAAACUGAUGAUCCCCUUGUACCAGCUAUUGUGGCAGAUAUGAUUGCCACUGGAGUUGACGAUGCUAAACCAGUUGAAGCGGAUGAAAAUAAAACAAAUCCUACGGAAAACACGUUUAUGAAGCAUAUUGAUUUAAAACAACUUGCUGGUCCUGAAGUACCUGCUGUUGGACAAGAGUAUUUAGAAACUAUUAUUAAUAGCAACAACAAAACUGUUAAAUAUCGUUGCAAGUUAUGUGAUUGUGAAUUUUCAAAUCCAGAUUCUCGUGAAUGUCAUUUACGUGGUCGUCGUCAUCGUCAACAGUACAAAAAGAAAGUCGAUCCAUCGUUUAUUGUCGAUCCAAAUCCAGGAAAUCAACUUCGUCGAAAAGUGAUAGCUGCUAAAGAAAAGAAGACGAAACGUAACGAACCAAAACAAAAUACUAGCAGUUUCCCCAGUUUCAGUACCUUGCGUAAUAGCUGUAUGACAGGAAAUUAUAUGAGUGGGAUCCCAUAUGACCGUUUUCCUGCACAAGUCCCUCGAAUAUACACUACUCAAACUCCUAAUAAAUCUCUAGAAAGCAGGUAUAUCAGUUCUAAGCAUACAUCUUUGCUACCGACAGCUUGGGAAGUUCAGGCAAUGAUGUUGGCUGUAACGAUUUGUGAGCGCUCCUUGAAAGGCGUUAGUAACGACCUUUUAAAACAGGCGCGUUCAGCAUCAGAUCUUUCUGAUACCACCAAAUGUGCUAAAUCUUGUGAUGAUGAUAAUAAUCUGGAUGAAUUGGAAGAAAAAGUUGGUGAACGUCUGCUUUGUGGUGUUGUUCGUGUUGGUGCAUUGGGAAAAAAUGUACUCUUAAGGGGUGAACAUUCAGCAGAACUAGUUUUAAUAUGUUCUAAAUGGCCUACUAAAGAGUUAACAACUUAUGUAUCAACUAGUAUUACAAAAUUAAUGGAGUCACUGGAAUCCCGUCUUCAAUAUACUGUCACAGCAGAGCCUACUAUGGGAACAAUUACGGUCGUUGUGUCCUGUCCAGAUCCAUCCUUACUGAAUAAAAGUGACACCUGUGAAGUAAAUUUAAAACCUGCUUGCAAAGAAAACGAAUCUGCGAUAUGGCCUACUAUAACACUGGUAAUCAACUUAACUUCCCCGAUAGUAGUCCAAAAAAAUGAAGCCGCUCCUGAAGAUAAAAAUGAAGUCCCACCAGUUGUCCAACGUUUGAUCGUUAAUGGUCAUCCAAUUCCCAAAGAAAAGUGCAUCAAAUCCAUAGAUGCUCUUGAUCAUGCUUCAUGGUUUCAACAUAUUGCGAGCGGAGGUCCGAUACUCUUAAUUAGUCGUAUUUUACGCGACUUUAUCCAAUCUAAUGAAUACUGGAUCGAAUUAAAUGAAUUUGAUGUUGAAGUACACUUAGAUCACCUCUUAUCUUUAGAGUACAAUAUGGUGAUUCGUUCUGGUUUCACUUCCCUCCCAUCUCAAUGUGGGUCACCGAGAAAUAUGCUUUCUGUACCAAGUGACUUUUUCCAUCCUUCCAAAUUACUACGUAGAUUUUUCGAAUCAAUGGCAAAUGGCUAUUUGUUCUUUGCAGUAAAACAUUCAUCUAGUUCGAAUAACACUGAGGAUUCUCCUAGGGAGAACAAUAUACCUGUGGCGUGUACAAAACCAUUUUAUGUUACAAUUUCUAAUGGAAUAUCAGAUGAAGUUUGUGAAAAAAUAACUGUUUCAGCUCAACAAAUAGUCAGACAAAUUGCUUUUAAUCAAUUAUACAAGGUUCUUGGUAUGGAACCUCUGGAUUCGCCUCACAACUCAGAUUUUGUCCAGUCAGGUGCUAAACGAGAACAAAAUCCUGAUGUUUCACAAGGUCAAGAUACUUCCGAAGUCGAAUGUUCAGCUGAUGAUAAGAAGCAACAAAAUAAUUCAUCUCUUAAUGUCAGUUCUGUAGCAAAUGGCAUGGAGACACAGGAAUUUGCGGCAGAAGCACUAAACGUUGAGUCAGAAUGUACUCCGGCCAAGCGAACUCGCCGCGCUACCGCUAACUCGAAAUCUUCCAUUUAGUUAUCUGCAUUUCAAUAUUACACGUCCAUUUAUUUGGUUCCACUUUCUUGAAGUUCUUUUAUAUCAUCCACAUGUUGUUCAUUCGUUCUUAAUCAAAUAUACAAUUUCCUAGUUAUCGCG